AGAAACAGCAGCAGCGUCGAUUUUCCGAAGAUUCCCGAUUCGGAGCUCGACUUUCCGGGAAGAUCCGGGUACUGGGCUUCAACCUCAACAUAACAGCAAUGGCGGAGGCAGCAGCUACAGCGGCUCCAGCAAUACCAGGAGCCUGGACCAAACACGUCACCUGCAGGUAUUUCAUGCAUGGGCUUUGCAAAGAAGGCAUCAACUGUCGAUAUUCUCAUGAUCUCAACACCAGUCAACCAGCUGCAGCUAUGAUUUGCAAGUUCUUUCAGAAAGGAAACUGUGUGUUCGGCGACCGGUGCAGGUUUGAACACUCUAAAGAAGAAGUGCCUGGGCCCAAGCUGUUGCUGCCACCCCCUGCCUCCGCCCUUCUCACUCCUACGUCCCUCGCCGCCAGCGCUCCAGCCCCCGUUCCCAGUGGAUCGGCGGGUGGUGAGUCGGCAGACGGCCCAGAGAACCCUCAUGGAUCAGGCGCAGGGGACUGGGUUAUGGCGGCAGAGUUUGUACCAGGCCAGCCAUACUAUUGUGGAAGGGGUAAGUGUGUCUAGGAACCUUGUGACAGAGCCUACUUGUACAUAAUUACACAUUAUUAUUCUUAUUGAAAUGAUUAAGUUAAUGUGCCUUAACAUGUAACACGUACCGAUAGCAAGGUGCAGCCUGUCUGGUCCAGUCAUUCAACGCGGUGAUCUUUACCACGUCGUGAUUGUUGUCACACUGGCUGG